AGCACACAGCUAGACGUUUCAGUGCAGCGAGGAAGAAAGCUGCAACGGGAGGGUUUGUUGCUUCUGUGGAUUUCCAAAAUGAAGGUAAAGAUUAAGCAGUGGAAUGGUGUGGCAUCCUGGUUAUGGGUGGCCAACGAUGAGAACUGUGGCAUCUGCCGCGCGCCGUUCAAUGGCUGUUGUCCAGAUUGCAAGGUUCCAGGAGAUGACUGUCCACUCGUCUGGGGUCAGUGCUCUCACUGUUUCCACAUGCACUGCAUCCUAAAGUGGCUGAACUCCCAGCAGGUGCAGCAGCAAUGUCCCAUGUGUCGUCAGGAAUGGAAAUUUAAGGAGCGAGACACCACCUGAGGAGAAUUCAUCAAUUGCUUAAUCAAGUGCUUUUAUAUAUGUAUAUUUGUGUGUUUGUUUUUCAUCAUAAAAUGUAUGUAAAACUGUGAAUAAAUAACCCACUAAACAUUUUUAAAACA